AGGGAGGGGUACGGAUGGGGGGGAGGUGAGGUGGGGGGGUGCGAGAGAGGAGGUGACUCUCCGCCUGCAUUUCAGACCAGACCGAAAGGAUCAUGGCGGAUGGCCUCAGGUGUAAGCGCAGAAAACAGGCAAACCCGAGGAGGAAUAGCGUGACAAGCUUCAACAAUGGCUUGGAGGCCAGCUCAGACUCGGACGACGAGGACAAGCUGCACAUCGUGGAGGAGGAGAGCCUGCAAGAGCCCGACGCCACCGCUAACGCUACCGCCGCCGCCGCCGCCGUUGCCAAUGGCGACAAGGCCACGCCCACCGACGCCAGCCAAGAUGCCAGCGCAGUAUUAGCCCAUAACGGCUCCUGGAAUGGAGUGAACGGCGAGGGUGGGUCUGAAGAAGAGGAGGACAUGGAGGAGGAGGAGGAGGCGGAGGGGGAGGAGGAGGAGACGAAGAAGAUCCUGCAGCAGGGAGACACCGCCGUCAUCUACCCCGAGGCGCCGGAGGAGGAGUGCACCACUCCGGACAGAGGGGGCGCCGACGAGAACGGCCUGCCAGACACCUUCUCCCAGCUCCACAUUUGCCCGUACUGCUCGCGCGGUUACAAGCGCAACGCCUCCUUGAAGGAGCACAUCAAGUAUCGCCACGAGACCAGCGACGACAACUUCAGCUGCUCCCAGUGCAGCUACACCUUCACCUACCGCUCCCAACUGGAGAGACACAUGAGCCACCACAAGGGCUCGCGGGAACAGCGACACGUGACCCCGGCAACAGGAGGAAACAGGAAGUUUAAGUGUAACGAGUGUGCGAAGGCAUUUAAAUACAAACACCAUCUCAAAGAACACCUGCGCAUACACAGUGGCGAGAAGCCCUACGAGUGCUCCAACUGCAAGAAGCGCUUCUCCCACUCGGGCUCCUACAGCUCGCACAUCAGCAGCAAGAAGUGCGUGGGCGCGCGGCCCACCGACGGCUCCCCGCGGACCGCCAUCAAGCCGGCCCCGCCCGCCCCCCCAACGCCGGCCCCCGCCGCCAACGCCGCCGCCGCCGGGACCCCCGUCCGCGUCCUCCUGAAGGAGAAGAGCGACAGCAAGCCUCUCCAGGAGCAGCUCCCGCUCACGCAGAUCAAGUCUGAGCCCGUGGAGUACGAGUGCAAGCCCGCCACGGUCACCGCCGCCGUCGCCGCGGCGACCACCACGCCGUCGCCAACGACGACGACGACGACGACCACCACCGCCGCCGCCGCCGCCGCCACGACCACGCUGCCCCACGGGCUGGCCAUGGUGGUGCCCACGGUGGGGCUGAUGUCGCCCAUCAGCAUCAACCUGGGCGACCUGCAGAGCGUGCUGAAGGUGGCCAUGGACGGCAACGUGCUGCGGCAGGUGCUGGGCUCGGCCAGCGGCCUGGUGAUGCACGGCAAGCAGGGCCUGCUGCUGCAGCAGCCGCACCAGCAGAUCAUCAGCCUGCCCGCCUUCGUGGACCAGGACGGCAACACCAAGAUCAUCAUCAACUACAGCAUCAACCCCGCCCCGAACGCCGCCGCCGCCGUGCAGACCCACCCGCUGCUCCUGAAGAGGGAGCCCCCCGCCGCCGCCGCCGCCGCGCCCGUCCUGCUGACCGCCAACGCCACGACGGCGGCCGCAACUGCGGGCGCCACCGACGUCUCGCUGGUGAAGACGGAGCCCGCCAGCCCGCCCGCGUCCCCCGCCCCGGCCGCCGCGGCUGCCGACGGCGAGGCCACGGCGGCGGCGCCCGCCAAGGGCACGCCGUGUGCACCCUGCGCGGAGGACGACGACGGCGCCAAGGCCCUGCUCGCCCUGCGGGGGGACGGCGAGGGGAAGGAGGGGGGCGGGGCCAGCCUGGACCCCUCCUUCGCCGCCCUGCUGUCGGAGGCGGGCGUGACCCUGGAGGAGAUGAACUCUGGGAGGAAGGGCGCGGCGGCCGAGGGCCCGGUCGCCGCCGCCGCCGACCCGACCGGCGCCGCCACAGCCGACGGGCUGUCCGCGCCCCCGCCGGCCUCCCCCCGGGCGGAGACGACGUCGCGGGGGGACGACGACGCAGCGGCGGCGGCGGUGAAGAGCGAGCCCAGGGACCCCGAAAGGCCCGAGGACGCCCAGGCGGAGCCGCUGGACCUCUCGCUGCCCAAGCAGGGCGGCGAGGGCUCGGAGGGGCCAGGGGGGACGCCGCCGCCGCCGCCCGCCAAGACGCAGGAGCAGCCACUCAACCUCACCUGCCUCCGCAAGAGUCCCGCCGGCACCUUCUACGUGACGGCGGCGCAGGCCAGCGGCAUCGUGGCGGGCGGCCAGCUGCCCACGCUGGUGGCCAUCGCCGGGCACCAGGGCACCGUCAGCUGCCUGCGCGCCAUCAACACCACCACCAAGCGCACCAUCCUCAUCCCCCAGCUCACCUACACCUACACCACGGCGGCCGGAGGCACCGGGGCCAAGACGGUGCUGCUCAACGGACACAAGCCUCAGGAGCGUCGGGCGGACAGUGGCUCAGAGGGCACGUCGGCGGUGGAGGAGCAGAACGACUCGGACUCGGCCUCGCCCUCCAAGAAGCGCCGUCUGGAGAACGGCGUGUACCCCUGCGACCUCUGCUCCAAGGUGUUCCAGAAGGGCAGCUCCCUGCUGCGGCACAAAUACGAACACACAGGCAAGCGGCCGUACGAGUGCCAUGUGUGCCACAAGGCCUUCAAACACAAGCACCACCUCAUCGAGCACUCGCGGCUGCACUCGGGCGAGAAGCCGUACGCCUGCGACAAGUGCGGCAAGCGCUUCUCCCACUCGGGCUCCUACUCGCAGCACAUGAACCACCGCUACUCCUACUGCAACAAGGACGGGCCCCGGGGCCCGCUGCCCCUCGGGGCGCCCCCGAGGAUCAGGGUACCAAGGGUCCAGGAGGAGGAGGAGGAGGAGGACGAGGAGGAGGAGGAGGAGGAAGAGGAGGAGGAAGAGGGGGUGGAGGAGGAGGUGGGGGGGCAGCAGCCGGACGGCAGUGGGACCACCACGCCUCGCUCUCCCCUGGACUCGGACGAGAAGGAGAGCGAGGAGGAGGAGGGGGAGGGGGGGGAGGAGGAGGGGGGGGAGGAGGUGGAGGAGGUGGAGGAGAUGGAGGUGGAGGAGAAGGAGGAGGAGGAGGAGGGGGACGAGGACGAGGACGACGAGGCCAUGUGCAUGGAGGACAUCCGGGUGGUUCAGGUGGACGACGACGACUGUGAAUUGUACGAGGCGGAGUACGUGGAGGAGGAGAAGCGGAGGGGGGAAAGGGCGGCGGGCGGGGGAGAGGACGGCCCCCCGAAGGAGGGGGAGGGGGAGGGGGGGGACAAUAGAGCAAAAGAUGGAGGAGGG